CUAAGCUUUUUAGUAGUAUACAUUUCGCGAAUGUGUGCUUGCAUGUAUAUCGAUGAAAUUGAAAAGAAAUUUAAUAAUAAUUUUCUUGUUUACUUCAAUCCACGAUUGUAACAAAAGAGAGAGAUUAUGAUAAUUGACAGAUUAGGAUGUUUUUGAAAGAAUACGUUGAACGAGUUAUUUGUGCUUUCAUCAUUGAAAGCUCAAUUAUUGUUUCGUUAAUUCAACAUUGUUAAGAUGUCAUCGUGGAAAGAAUUUAGUUUGAUCUGUGUCAUUAUUUUUAUCAAUUUUGUUCACAACGUGAUCGGAUCUUACAAUGCAUUGUGUAAAUUUAAUACAAUGUGCAUGUGUUGGGUACAGGACGACGAAGAUUUUACCAAAAUGGAUAUUGCUUGUAUUAGAGUACCAUUUGCAAGGUUUCCUGACGUGUCGGUGAGUUACGUUGCACAAUUGGAUAUAGUUGGAUCUGGGUUGCAAAUAUUGGAUAACGAUGCAUUGGAAAGUUCAGUUGGUGUUGAAGGUUUAGGAUUAAUGAGUAAUCGUCUCGCAAGUAUCGGUGACACGUCUCUCAGAGUCGUAGCUGACAGUUUAAUUUCAUUGGAUUUAAGUUACAAUGCUUUGGAAGAAAUACCAUUUAAAGCAUUCGGUGAUUUGAAAAAAUUAAAUUGGCUCAACAUGCACAGCAAUCAUUUAACAUCGUUAGACGGUGAUUGGGGUUAUUUGAGAACAACAUUAAGAAAUGGAUUUUUCGGUGACAAUUCGAUCAUCGAAGUACCAAAAAUCUUUUCAACAUUUGAAUCACUGAUUUGGUUAAAUUUGGAUAACAACAACAUCGAACAUUUAUCAGAGGAAUCUUUGUCACCCAAUUUAGAAACACUUAGCAUGAAUAAUAAUUUGUUGAAAUCUUUUCCAACCUCGUUAGGUACAUUGACAAACUUGGAUUGGCUUUAUCUUCGUGGAAACGAUAUGAAACAAUUGGAAUUACCUGUUUUCCGAAGUUCGAGUUUGGAAUCAAUCGACGUCAGUGAAAAUUCAAUCGAAUGGAUUGAAAUUCAAACGAUUUCCAAUCAAACACUCAAAGUUAAUGAUUUCAAUUUGGACAGCAACAAGUUGACAUCUUUAACUAGUGGUAUGUUCGAUCGUUUGGAAGCCAGAAGAAUUCAUUUGUCCUCAAAUGGGAUACGAAACAUCGAUGAGGAUGCUUUUCGUAGCUUGGAAAAUAGUUUGGAAUAUUUGAACUUGGAGAAUAACGAUUUGCCGAGUGUACCAAUCGCCAUUAAUGGGCUCAAAAGAUUGUCGUAUCUUUAUUUAGCAAAUAACGAUAUAAGAAAUAUUUCUGCAGAUAGUUUUAACAAUUUUACUGAUCAUUUAAAAGCAUUAUCUCUUGCAACCAACAGUUUGGAUGCUGUACCUGCGAUUGCAUUGGCCAAGUGUCAAAGAUUGUUGCAUUUGAAUCUCGGUUACAACAAAAUCUCCCACGUGGAACCAGGUGACUUCGAUUGGGCCGAGGAUUUAGAAAUUUUAUUAUUACGAAAUAAUUUUUUAACCAAACUUAAAGCCGAAUCAUUUAAAGGAGCAGGUAAAUUAAAGGAACUCAGUUUGUCGUUUAAUCAUCUCACCGAAUUGGACGAUGAUUGUUUCGUUGGUAUCGAGGACAGUUUGAAUAUUUUAGAAUUGAGUUUUGCAUUCGCUACGGAUAAUUUUCCUCAAAGGGCAUUGAGACCGUUAAACAAUUUACUUUGGUUGGUUCUCGACAAUAAUAAUUUUCAAUCAAUCGAACCUACAGCAUUUUAUUCGUUUCAACAAUUGCGCUACAUCAAUUUGGAAUCUAACAGAUUGCAUUAUCUACCGGAAAGAAUAUUUUUAUCUAGCGUACACCCGGAAUUGAAGGACGUCAAAUUGGGAUACAAUUUUCUCGAAAUGAUACCGGAAUCAACGUUUCAUAAUUUAACGGAAUUGAGAUCGUUGGAUUUAACUGGGAAUCGUAUUAAAAUACUUCUAUCCGAUUCCAUAAUGGAUUGUCCGAAAUUAGUUACGAUAUCAUUGGCGUAUAAUAGAAUUAAUAAAAUGGAUAGAAACGCGUUCUACGGUUUGUCCAGUUUGAAAUUUUUACAUUUAGAAUUCAACAGAUUGACUAAUUUGGAUUUGGAUGCAUUUUCCGAAAUCGGUGACUCCGAAUUUGCUUUGAAUGUUUCUUACAAUGCCAUAUCUUUCAUCGAUUCUGGUUCAACUACCAAUAAUUUAACACAUCUUGAUAUUAGUUACAACAAUUUAACGCAUUUACCAACCGAAACUUUUUGUGGUACGCCUGAUUUAUUGACACUUGAUAUUCGUAAUAAUUUUAUCAGCAAUCUCGAACCAGGAACUUUUGCACUUAAUCAUUUGCAAGUAUUGAAUUUGAAAAAUAAUAAAAUCGAAGGAUUGAGGAAACAAUCAUUUUACGGAUUGCAAUCACUCCAACAAUUGGAUUUAGGUUACAACGAGAUAAAUCAAUUGUCUACGGAACAAUUUAGGAAUUUAAAAAAAUUGAGAAUAUUGAAUUUAUCUGGUAACAAAAUCCGAUCUUUGCCUAGGGACGUUUUCGAAGGUACCAGAUUGGAAAUACUCGAUCUCAGUGAAAACAAAUUCACUGUAGUACCGUCACCGUCAUUCAUGGAAGUUGGUUAUACAUUGAGAGAUUUAAAUAUGGCCGAUAAUUUCUUAGAUCAUUUAGAUUCAACUGCAUUCCCAACUUCGCAAUUGAUUUCACUGAAUUUGGCACGCAAUCGUUUGACCAUUUUACCAGACAACUCGUUCGUCUCGUUAGGAAAAUUAUUAUACUUAAACGUAUCCCAUAACAGUCUUCAAGCAAAUUUCAAAGAAUUAUUUCAUUAUUUACCAAAUUUAAGACAAUUGUCUUUAGCCAAUUCCGGAUUAAGAAUCGUUUCACCAUUCCCAUUGACGAAUCUCAACAAUUUAGAUUUGUCGUUCAAUAAUAUCGAAAGUACUACGGACAAUCAAUUUCAAUAUUUGAAAAAUUUGAAGAUAUUAUUGUUGACGAAUAAUUCGUUGAUUAAUAUGCCAAUCGUUAGAUUAAAUUUACUCAGAGAACUCGACGUAUCUGGAAACCCAAUUGAGGAAAUAACGAAAGAAAGUUUCUUCGGUUAUUUGCGAUUGGAAAAAUUGGAUUUGAGAAAUUUGAAUCGAACCAGAACAGUCGACAUGGAUUCUCUUAGAUCGUUGAAAUAUUUGAAGCAUCUGAAAUUACAAACUUGGCCACAAGCUGACGGUUUUAAUCUUCGUGACAUGGUCAUUGGUUUGCCGUUACGUACAGUUGAGAUACAAAUUACGGAACAUUUGUUGAAACAUCAAAUACAAAAUGCAUUUACCAAACAAUUAAGAGAAUUGACGAUAACCGGUGGAGAUUUAGAAGUUAUUUCAUCCGAAGCUUUUUCUACGAUCGAGGGUGGAGAAUUAAUUCUUAGAAUAAAGAACACACGAGUACGAAGAUUUCAAUCAGAUAUAUUUCUAUCGUUGACGAAAAGAUUAACUCAAUUGACGUUGGAUUUAAGAGACAAUCAUAUCAACGAGUUGAGUCCGUCUAUUAUUUAUGGUAAUUUAUCUUGGGAAACAGUUGGUACUAACAUGGUGGCAGGUGGAUUACAAGUAUCGGGUAAUCCUUUGGAAUGUGAUUGCGAGAUUGCAUGGUUGAGUCUUUGGUUACGUAGAUGGCUUCGUGAAUCACGUCAAAUUCAUACUGCAUCACAAUCGGAUGCCAGACAAUUAAGGACUAUCGCUGGUCGAGCUGUUUGCACCGAAACAACACCUUCCUACUCGUCUGACAAAGUUUUGUUAACAUUGGGAACACCUCAUACAGCUUGUCAAGCGUCUGCACUUAGUUCUGGAAAUUAUGAAAGACUUGCUAGGACUUGGCUAGCUUUAAUCCAACUGAUUGUAUUGUUGUUGUUUGCUAAAUGACUCCUUCGUUGAUCAUUUUCAUCAUCAACGAUUAAAUGAAAAGAAUUAUACUUUUCGUAAUCCUUCACACGUUCUAUCGAGAGAAAUAAUACGUACGAAGAAUCUUCGUGUGUGUGUGCAUGUGUGUGCAUGUGUGUGUGUUGAGAAAAAGAAACGGCAGUUUUGGAAUUGGUAUACAACGAACUUGUUAGAGAAACAAAAUCUCAGAUCAUUGAAACAUUUUAGAUUAGUUAGAAAAGUAUACAUAUCGUAUAUUAAUCGUAUACAUAUCGUAUACAUAUCCUUUGUAUAUAUAUAUAUAUUUAAUAUGUAUAAGUGUGAACGAUAUUCUAUGAGUGUAAGAAUAAGUUAAAACGUAUGAAUGAUUUUUUUUCCUUCGAAAUAUUUUUACAAUUAAUAUUCGCGAGGUUUUAUAUAUUUGGUUUUAAGAAAUUUAAUGUUUAUAUUAUAGAUUGUUGUAACGCCUGAAAAUAUGCAACGUUUUAUACUUUAACGAUGGUUAGAAUUAAAACCCCUGCACAUAGAGUUUUUCUUACAACAAGUGUGUAUGAAUGGUUGCAUAUUACAGGGGCAUACAACUCGUGUUUUACAUAUAAACGACGAUAGAAAUCGUUGUUAUCGACAUAGUACGCCUGAAAAUAUGCAACGUUUUAUACUUCAGCGAUGGUUAGAAUUAAAACCCCUGCACAUAGAGUUUUCUUACAACAAGUAUGUACGAAUGGUUGCCUAUUACAGGGGCAUACAACUCGCGUUUUACAUAUAAACGACGAUAGAAAUCGUUGUUAUCGACAUAGUACGAAGUGUUGACUGUUUACAGGGGUUUUACUUAUUCAAAUUUUUACAAAAAAUCGAAAGAUUUCAGAUUUUUGUUAAAUUCUAAGAUAAAAUCUGCCGAGAGAGAUAAUUUCUUUUGUUUUUUCAUAAUACAAAAAUUACUCGAGUAAUUUUGUGAAUUAUAUAUAUAUAUUUUUUUUUUAUCUAACACAAAGUAAAGCAAAGAUCAAAUGUUAGAAAAAUGAUUGUUUCUUUUCGAGUGUGCGAGUGUGUUUUGCUUUGCGCGUAUGUCGAUGAAUGUUAAAUGAAAUUCUAGAUUGAAAACAUUGUACAAAAUUUGUUAUCUAAAGUUUAUGAGAACACGUCGUCCCUCUCGUUAGAUCCCUUCAUCAAACAAACUUAUUCUAAAAAAAGAAAAGGGGGCAAGAAAAAAAUUAAAUAAAAAGAAAAGAAUGGUCAUGAAAGUGACGACCAAUCGGA